AUGUUCGCAGUAUCCCAGGAACAACAACGCAUGGGAUUAGAAAGCUGGGCUUUAAUUCAACUGAAACUAAACGUUGUUCACAGAAUAACAGCAACAACAAUGCGCUGGAUUAGAAAACUGGUCGUAAAUUUACCUGAAUUAUUCGUGGUUACUUCAACACUACUGGCAUCCAUAGCCGCAGGAGGUAUGAAGGGCAUGCCCAGUGUUCUGAUGGAAGUGUUCAAAAGGAAUGACAGUCUAAUUCAAUUCGAUUUGGAUACAGAAUCAUGGAUCGCUUCAGUUCACGGUUUUGCUGGUAUUGCGAGUAUAUUUAUACCAAACCUGAUGCAGUGCUGGGAUAGACGAUUUGGAUUCCGGUGCAGCUGUCUCUCUGUAUUGAUCGGCUGGAUCGUUCUAUGCUUCGCAAACAGUUCUAUUACUAUAAUUGUCGCAGAAGUAUUUCAAGGCGCAGGCGUUAAAAGCUUACUCGUAGUGUGCAUGGUCACUAUCAGCGAAAUGGUUGAUCCAAAGAUCAGAAACCAAUCGAUAGUAUCGUACGGAAUGAUACAAACAUUUGUUGUACUAUUUGUGCAUACAUCAGGUAACUUUAUUCAUUGGAAAACAAUAAGUCUCAUUAUGUGUGUCACACUAACAUUCGCCAUUAUAUUUAGUUUUAUUUGGCCUGAGUCUCCAGCGUGGUUGGCCUAUAAAGGUAGAUUUGAGGAAAGCAAAAAAUCCUUCAUUUGGCUGCGAGGCAAAAAUAAAGAGUCGCUUGUAGAGCUGAAUGCUCUUUUUAAGGCUCAAAGGGAGUUUUUACAAUCCCAAACUUCAUCACAGACCUCUAAACGAGGUAAGUCACUGAUGAGACCCAUAUGGCAAAAAAUAAGCGGUCAAGAUUUUUACAUACCGAUUUUUCACAUGUUCGUACUAAUAUCCAGUUAUUAUUGGAGCGGGAAUUUAUUCAUAGUUGUAUACGCAAUCCAUGUUGUUCAUAAAGUUAUAGAGAAUAGUAAAUCGGCUUUUAUUGCCAUGAUUUUAAUGGAUGUAGCUUUUGUAGUUGGGAAUGUAAGUUGUCCAAUUUUACUUAAAUAUUUUGACAAUAAAACAAUUCUUCUAACAGGUGGUGCGUUCUCCAUACUAUUUUUGUUAUGUUCCUCCACUGUUUUAUACUUACAAGAAAUAGAUAUAGUAGCAAAUGAUUCAUUGCUCUGCUUGUAUUCUUUAGUAGGGUUUAUGGUAUGCUCUUCUGCAGCAUUUUUUAUAGUCCCAUUUGACGUAGCGACAGAAAUUAUACCUUUACGACACAGAGGGGUAGCAGGAUCACUUUACAUUGUUUUCAUAAGUGUAUCUUACACCACAACACUUAAAAUUGCACCCUAUGUUAUAAAUAUUGUAGGGACACACGGCAUAUUUUUACUAUAUGCGUUUAUAUUAAGCUUUUGCCUCACAUGGAUUUGGAAAUAUAUACCAGAAACUAAAAAUAAAACUUUACAAAAUAUAGAAGAACACUUUAUUAAACGUUCUAAAGAUGUUAUUAUAGAAGGAGAAAUAAAUGAAAUUAAUAGUUUAAAUAAUAUUUAUUAA